AUGUCGUGUCUGUCGCCAGAUGCCACGACUACAAUAACUUCCCGACCAAAACUCACCCUCCAAACCACCGCUCUCCCUCGCACAUUCGGCUCUUCAACUACCGGCCUAUCCUUUUCUUUCGCAGCGGCACCAGCUGCAUCCCCCACCAUUCGAAAUACCUUCAAGAAUGCCUACGAGGUCACAUCCCCAUCAUCCGCAACCUCCCCAUCCAAAUCUACCCGCUUCAACAAACCGUCCUCUCCCUACAUCCUACACCCGAACAAUAAUAUCUUCAACCGAAGCCCCUACCAACUCCCCAUCGGAGUGCGCAGCAUUCUACGCAACUCCCCACUAGAACCUGCAACUCGCCGACAAUCAGGCUCUAUAUCAGCGGGCGGAAAUGGUCCCAACGGUGCAGCCUCCCGCCGUGUCUUCUUCCCAGCAAAGAAACAAGUCAGCUACCGGUACCCACUGGAAGAAGAAAUCCGAACAGAACGCUACACCGCGCAACACCUCGAUCUCGUAGCGGAGGAGGCAGUGCAAGCCGAGGCAGACACCAAAACCCCACCUGAGACACGCCCCGCCCCCAAUGCCGGAGGCGAAAAAGACACCGAUUCCAGCCCGUCAACAUCAGAGACAAGUGCCUCGGGCGAUGAUACCAGCGCCGAUGAAAGCGUGCGUGGGUCUUCGCUCUCAAAGACGGAACGGAAGAAACGCCGCACAAUGCGGAUAGAGCGUCAGGUCCGGGCGGUGGCAUUGCUAGAUGGCUUUGAGGCUGAUGGCUCGUCUACGCCGCAGACUCCCCGGCACGGUGCCAAGCGACGCAGGGAAUGGAAAUGGACUCUGGGGCCUGUCGAUACGGUCUCGAACAAUGGCCCCGAGAAUGUCUCAUUAUUGCACUCCGCUCAGGUUUCCUUUGGGUCGGAGUCUCUUCGGGUAUCCACUGACUUUGGACCCGGUCAUUAA